UGAUCAUGUAUACACGCCAUCUUGUCACACAGCUUAGAUGUCGUUCAACUCAUCGAUAUCCCAAGUUUAUAUAAAGUUUAAAAGUAACGUUAAAAAAGAUUCAUUCUUUUCAAGAGAUCAUCAUAGAAGGUGACGUCAUAAUACAUAAAAGAGGAUCAAUAAAAACAAGCCUGGAGUAAACUUUCAACCUUCUGCUGCAUAAGUAACCACGCCAUCUUCGGCAAAUAUUAGGUGAAUAAGGCAUCUUGGAGAGCUUACCACAACAGAUCACUACUCUGAUUACCAUGGCAACUAACUUCACCCUAGACCAACAAUGUGAAGGAAAUGAGUGUCAAUCAAUCACAGAUGUGACGUACUACGUGGAGGAGAAGAAGAGACUCUGUGAUGACUGCGCCUCUAAAGAAGGAUGCGUCGCAAGAGUUAAAAGAGGUGUACCAAAUAUUUAUUGUGAAGAACAUGAUGAAAAGGUAAAAUUAUAUUGUAAAAGUCAUGGUAAACCGUUGUGUGCUUUUUGUGCAUUAGAUCAUUUAGACCCAUGUGUGCGACAAAAUAUGGAUGUCGCAAUUGGAGACCUUCAAGCAAAUCUUACAAGUAUAAAAGAAAAAGGGCGGGACAAAUUAAAAGAAGGUCGUCUUUAUGAAGGUGAAAUUGACCAAUGCACGAAAGACACAGACACACAUCUACAAGCUUUGACAGAUGAAGUUAAUUCCAUAAUCAAGGAUGCAAUCAACACAGAUAAAGUCAAAGAGAAGAUGGAGGCUGACAAAAUCAACCAAGAAUUUGAUGAUCAGAAUCAAGUACUUCAAGAAGAGAUUAUGAAGAUCAAUGAGAAGAUUAGAAAGAACAAUGAAGAGAGGGAGAAACAACUUGAAUUAAUCCAUACAAAUGCACAGAUUAGACAAAGACACAUGGACAGUAAGAAGAUUGGUCUUCAUAGAGACAUUGAUAACAUUGUUAAAGAGAAGGAUAGGAAGAUCAGAGAGUUGAUGAAAUCAUUACAGGAUGACACAAAAACAAUAGAGAAUGCAAUACAAACCAUAGAUACAGUACUAGAAGACGAUAAAAACAUUGUUAAAGAUGGUCAUAGUGUGAACAUGUCAGUGAGUGAUAAACUAAAGAAACCACUUUAUAAGAAUAAUGUGAAACAAAUCACUGAUAGAAUAUCAGGUGUAAGGUUUGAGAAGAGUGUUGGGAGAGAGAAGUAUAAUGGUAGGAUUGGUGGGUAUGAUGGCGAGUGGAUGCUUAGUGAUACAAUCAGUGUCAAAGAUAAAGUCAAACUCCCAUGUAUUGUUGGUUGCAUAGAUGAAUGUAAUGUGAUCAUCACCGACUGGUGGUCAGGUGGCCAUAUAUACAUGUUAGAUAUGGACACUAAGACUAAGAGAGUGAUAACAGGUACUGAUACAUCAUGGGUUCGCUCCUUUGCAGUACUGAAUGAUGACAAGAUAGUAUGUGGUAGACUGUGUAAAAGUUGUACAGGGGACAGUUUGACUGGAUGCAUCAGUGUGUAUGACAGACAAUGGAUGCGCAUCAAUGACGUCACAAUUCCAAAAAACACAACGCGCGAUGCCUCAUGGGUGGAUGUAGCUGUUGACCGUGAUGGGAUGAUCAUCGCUGCUGAGAUGAAGCAGUCUAAGAUAUACGUCAUCAACCCAGCUGAUAGUAAGAUCGUGAAUACCAUCACAUGUAAAGAGGAAGUACGGAUGCGAUGUGUGCUAUCAUCAGGUCACAUCAUCGCUCAACCUAACCAUAUUGAUAAGAGAGUACUAAUCAUAGACAGACAGGGUGGUCAAAGGGAAAUCCCCCACACUGAUGUCAUCUGUAAUGUCUGUGUUGAUCCUAUAACAGACGACCUGUACGUCGUGACAUCAGAUGAUGAGGGCAAGACGUGUGUAAUUGAUCAGGUGAUGAGUGGGAAUGAAGUGAAGAAGAGAAGAGUGACGUCAUUCCCUCUAUCAACUAGACUGACUGAUCAUAGACCUAUUCUAUGGAAUGAUCAAUGCAAUGUAAGGCUCAGGGGAUAUCACCUUUUAUCAUCUCGUGUAAUGAUCUCAUCAUCAGGCAAGAUAAUUGCUUUUGAUGGAGACAGUGUUCUUGUCUUCGAAAAGCGACUCACAUUCUAAACGAUGAUAUGUCGGGAUCAUUCACUUUGAUGAAUAUGAGACACACUGACCAGAACAAUACAAUCUUUGGAUAAUUUAAAUAUCUGUAGCAGUGAGGCCUAAUAAGACCUAAUAACUCUGAUCCAUUUUACACAUCACGGUUAACAAUAGGCAUUGCUUUAAAAAACAUAAAUAAACCCCAUAACUCCCGCAUCCAAGAACAUGUAUCAUGCAUAUGGAAAUAGGUUUCUAUACCAUUGGUUGAAAAUAUUAUUGGCGAGGUCAUAUUGCACAAAAUAUGACGAGCCGUCAUCAUCAUCAAGCCUACACGCCACGAUGGAUUUCAUUUAGAAAGUAUUGCUUUGCAAAAUGUAUAAUACAUCUUGUAAUACUUAUUUUCACAAAUUAUAUUACGACUAAUACUACAGUUUUGUUAUAUAAUACCUUUGUAUAUUUUGACAUUCUGAUACCGAUGUAAAUGUAGAAAUAAAAGGAAAUAAAAACAAAUAAAGUCAUAAUGGCAUAAUGUCAUAUUUUAUAUUUCCAUAUUUUCUGGUAUUUGAAAGAUAGAUAACCAAACAUACUCACGAUUUGAAGGUGCAGACAUUGAUCAGAUUCUACUGAGUGCAGUGGCUGAACAACUUAAUUCAAGAAUUUACAAGAAUCCAUAGAUUUAUCGUAAAUUUGAACAAAGAUAUAUAACACAAAAUAUAUUAGAAUCAUUCACCCUCAAUUGGACUGGCAAUCCUCACGGAGCGAAUGAAAUAUUAAUUCUUUUCAUGGAAAAUGUAUAACUUAACUUCCUUAACAAUAUGGCAUGAGCCUGCCAGAAUUUUAAUUUAAACAUUGGUGCCACAUCUCUGUUUUAAUUAGAUUUCUAUCCGCGAACAUGAAGAACAUGACACUGACAAGAUUGAUUAGAAAACGAUUUAAUGUAGAUUUCUUAAUUUUGACCUUUUCAGUGCAAACAUAUGGGAGGGCGUCGCAUGAAAUAUUCCAAUUUUAAUAAGCCUAUAUACUGGCCGAGUGUGUUUUCCUUAAAUAUAUUUUCCGUUGGCAUCAUUCUUUAUUAAAAACAAAGGAAGAAUUAUAUGCAAGGUUUAAUCAAUUCAACGGUGUAUAAUAUAUGAAGUAAUUAACGUAGUAAGAUUAAGGGAACUUAAUUGGCGUGCCAAGUCGACACCCGAUACUUAUUAAAGGGGGGACAUGGAUAUCACUCAUGUUUAUGUUAUGUUGCAUGGUUGACUGGCAUGGAGAGAGAGAGAGCGGGGGGAAUAGGAAGGUAAAGGGGGAGAAGAUUGGACAGAAAGGAGAGAGAGAGAGAGAGAGAGAGAGAGAGAGAGAGAGGAAGAAAACGGAUAAGAUUGUUGGCCAGGGAUGAUGAGUAGAAUCUGUUUCAACAAUAUACAUUAAUCCCUUAUACUCUAUAGUCAUGUUGAUGUGCAUUAUCAUGGAGUUUGUAAAACCCGUUACUGAGAGGGUUAAAAGAUUGUAAAUUAUUAUUUCAAUAUGAUGUAUAUUCGAGAAGAAAAUUAUAUAUUUUGACAUAUUCAUAUACUGAGAAACCAGUGAUCUGACACUUGAUAGAGUAAUGAGAAAAUCAUUGUAUUUACACGAAAUAUAUUCAGCCAUUUUUUAAACAACCUUUAAGAAAGGCAUACCCACUAUAGAGUAUUACUGAAAAUAGUGAAUUUCAAAAUAACAGUUUGCUUUUGAAUAUUUGUUUUCAAUAAGACCAUUACCAAUUAUGAUAAAUUGCAGUGUUUGUGCAUAUAUAAAAUCAUUUAAAAUCCUGUUUUCGGGCCCUGUUACCUGUACAUAUAGGAUGUAAGCAUUGCUUGAUAAAUAUUUUGUUUUAAAAUGUAAUAUUGUAAAUAAUUCAGUUUUCUGAGAUGGUUAUGAAACUAGUAUAUUAUGUAAUAGGAAUUUGAUUGAUGGUUUCAUAGCUAAAUCAAACUGCAAAUUUCUUCAUUCUUUUAUGCACAGUAGAAAAAUACAUUUUUUGGAAUUAUGUGUAUUUCUUUGAUACAUGGGACUUAAGUGAUUGUUGUGUGAAUAUAAGGCAUAUAUAAUACCUUAUUCUUUAUAUUCAUGAUACCAUACGGCUCAAGAUGGUGAAAAUUAUGAUGAUGAUGAUGAUGAUGAUGGUGAUGAUGAUGAUGAUGAUGAUGAUGAUAAUGAUGCUGCUGAUGAUGAUGAUGGUGAUGAUGAUGGUGAUGAUGAUGAUGAUGAUGAUGAUAAUGAUGGUGAUUAUGAUGGUGAUUAUGAUGAUGAUGAUGAUGAUGAUUAUGAUGAGUAUGAUGAUUAUGAUGACGAUCGUGAUAAUAUUAAUGAUAAUGGUGUAGAUGAUUUCCCAGAAUACAAUGACUAAAAUUAUAAUAUGUUAUUAAAAUAUAAAAGAUAAUUGUACAGAUGAUGUUAUCGAUUGCAUUUUACAAACUUUGGGUGAACGGUAAUGAACAAUAUGCGCGUAGAAAUGUUGAAUUCAUUCAUUCUUGAUUCUGUUAAUAAUAUUGAAGCUAUUUUGGGGGUCGGUGAGAUUAUUUUUCUUCUCAAGUGGUUUUACUUUGUACGCAUUUAAUGAUAUGAUAUUAUGAAAAUCAUGUUACAUGACCUCAUAAUCUAUCAAUUUGUUAGAAAUCACAAUGCUUGUUGUGAGUUUAAUUGAAAAUUAAUUCAAUAAUAAGGAUAACGUUCUUAUCCUAAGCAAAUUUGAAGCUCUUUCAUCUUCACCAUAGCGCUGAGAUCACUUGGUAAGAAUUACGUCGAACCUUAUUGGUCAGUAAAGCGUCGUGCAGAAAAGUACUGAAAAAAAUGAUAAAAAUACUUUUAGUUUUUAGCAAAAAUUGAUUUCUAUAAUAUCAGUUGUAUGUGUUGCUCUUCAGAAUAAUGAUUUUAGCUUUUAGAAUAAUGACAUAAUUGUCCUUUUUUAUGUUGGUACCUCUGGUUGUGCUUCAAAAAUAUCCUCAAGUGAUAAGAUAUUCAGCAACUGUAUCUGCAAUAGGUUGGAAUUAAUUUUGCUGCAUUAUAUAUUUGAUGAAAUAGGCAAAUAAACGACAGUAAUGAUGCCCAUAUGGAAAAUUGCUUUAAAGUCAUCAUACCGUAUGUUCUUAGUAACUAUGAGAAAGAAUUAUCAAAAUAAUUUUGGUUAAAAUAUAUUAUAUGAUUAUAUAACGUGUUAAUGUUAUGUCCAACGUAUCAUGUAAAGCCCUUAAUGUAUAAUUUAUUAUGAUAAGCGCAUGAUGUAAGUAAUAUUAUUCCUUAAUGCGAUAUAUUCUCUAAUAAAAUGAAGUACAGUAGUGGUUAAAAAAAAUUGUGAACCCACCAGAAAAUUAACAUAUAUUUGAAAUUGUUCAAAUUCUGCCAUCUUUUAAAACAUUUGACAAAAUAUAACAUUCAAUAUAGUUUGGUUAACAAUCCACAUGACGUGCAUCAGUGCAUUUCUGGUGGGAUUCACUUACCAUUGCUUAUACCUUGGUCACAUUUGCUCUACGGCGGCCGUACGGCGAGUCGAGAACAGCCGUUUUAACAUUUUUU